AUGUCCGUCUACGUUAUUGUCGACGACAAUGAUAGCGGUCUGCGUUAUUCUCCCAGGGCUGGAAGCGGCAAUGGAACAGUGUUCAAGAACGCAUCAGCUGAAACGCAUGGGUGGUUCAUUGGCGCAAAAGGCGAUUCUCCUGAGUUCCAAUUGACAACAACCGGGACUGGUCUCGAUUCUUCGACGCUGAGCUAUACUUUCAACGGAUCCUCAAUCUCGGUCUUCGGCACUUACGCAGGAGGACCCACUACCGAGUCGUUCUCUACGACGAACGUGACCUUCAGUAUAGAUGGAAACAUUAUUGAGGAAAACACCUAUCCUUAUCUUGAGAACCAACGGUUUCACUUCCCGUUUUUCAGCUAUAUCUCAACAUCCUUUUCCGUACACACCCUCGAUAUCGAUAUCGCCAUCGCAGGCACCUCGAGCACGAUAUUUUCCGAUUUCUUAUUUGACUAUAUCAUAUACGAGGCCUCCGUCAAUUCCUCCAUACCAACCACAGAGGAUGGCACGUCUUGGAUUUUUAUCGACGAUUCCAGUCCAUACCUCACACCCUCGGACAACUGGUCUAGGAAUGGUGCACUGCCCGACUUUUCGACUCCAUUGUCGGGCGAGAAUAUCACAGACGCUACAUUGAAUUCCACGGUAUUGGCUCCGACGGCCUCUGGUGCUACGAUAUCGUUGAACUUCACCGGUACGUCGCGCAUUGAUGCGUACGGGAUGCUCCUUCAAAAUACGUCUUCGGGACAGUUGGGCACGUAUACGAUCGACGACCAAACCAGCUCCCCGCUCGAAGUGCCCAGUCCGGCAAGCUCGUAUCCUAUAUAUCUAUACCAGCUCCUUACGGCCACUAUCGAGGAUCCUCACGCUCCUCACGUCCUCACCAUCACGGCGUUUGAGGGAAAUGCCUUCUUCCUCGAUUAUAUCCUGUUACAGACAGGUUCUGCCUUCGUUACAUCAGCAUCUUUGAACUCCGUACCUCCCGCACCAAACACUACCCAGGAACCUGACCCUGUUCUGACGACCUUGGCUGCGCCGAGAAAGAAGUCAGAUGCAGGGGCUAUUGCGGGAGGUGUCGUCGGUGGUGUCCUUGCUUUGUGUCUCGUGGGGUUAGCCGUUAUAUUUUUAUUACGAAGGAGACGGAUGCACAAUCCGAAGUGGACAGAUAUCAGCGUGGAGGAGAGGUAUUCCUCCGCGAUGCAAGAGCAAGCUCCACGUCAGAGCAUCUCUUCUGGGUCAUUUCUGCGAUCCGACCACACCACUACUCCCACACCUUUCUCGACAACGUCAUCAGGCGACAAUUCUGGCCACAGCGAGUCUCAAUCCAGAAAGAUAGCCAAUUACAGACGUGGCGUAGUGCCAAUAUCGAGCCCUGCGACGAACAUAAACACGGGCGCACCGGUACCUGGGUUGGCAUUGCCAGAAAGACAGGAAGGCAUGGCUGAGUUGUCAGUAGUUGUAGAGAACGAUAGUGGGCUGAGAGGUCGUGAGUUAGCGAAACGGUUGCCUCCACAGUACACACCAGAGUGA